CAGCCACAAUAAAACAUUCCGCUGUCAGCCAAUGCAUCGCUCUGCUCAAGUGACACUGCCACACAGAAGGAGCUUCUGAUUCACGCCAUAUAUUUACUUUUGAAUACGCAACUUCUGUUAUUUCAUCGAGGAUCUGUUUGAGUAAUAACGAAUUUGACCCGGAGUAGUAAAGGCUGUGCAGGGUGAAGUCGGGGGAGACGGACAGGAGAAAAAAAAAAAACAAAGAUGGCUGUGUAGGCAGAGAGACGAGUCCCAACAGAACCGUCUCCAACCGCGGCUGUAAUAACAACCGACCGGUCCCGUGGGUCCAUUGGACAAUCAGCUGGUACCGGAGCAGGGACGAUAGACGAGUCGGGCCGCUGCUACACAUCGUUGUUGUCUGCUGUCAUUGCGAAUAACGGCGUCGAGAGUACAACAACAGCUGAGAGACGCCUGAGUUGUUUUUGUUCUGCCUGGAGAGAGGACUGCUGUGUUUGUGUCAACGUAGCUAGCCGCAUAGUCUGCUAGCCUCACUGUAAGUCAACACAACUAGUCAUCAUUACACUCUGCACAUGAUCUCGUUAUUACAUAGUCACUGGUUUGUAUUCAUGAGUGGAGGGUAAUUAUAAUAAGUUAGCCUGCAUUCCUCUGACAGUACUGUUAGCAUAGCUAGCGUUAGCCAGCUGUCAGCUGACCAUUAGCUUGACAGGUUGUGAGCUAGCUCUGAGCUAACCUGCUUGUAUUUCGGGCUCAGCCUGGUCGCGGCAGGUACAUCUAGACAGCCGUCACCAUGUCUUCACUGGAUGAGAGAGACGUGGGCGUAGCGGCCGCCCCUGGCUCCUCCUCGGCCGGUCUGGGGGUCGGGGCCGUGGGGGCAGCGGUGGAGGCUGUCGCCGGAGUUGCAGCCAUGCAGGAGGAGGUCGGGAUGCGGCGAGAAGGGCCCGAGCCUGACCCAGACGAGCCCCCCAAGAAGAGGGUGAAGAUUCCUGAAGGAGAGUCAGGAAAGCUGGAGGAGAGACUGUAUUCAGUGCUGUGCUGCACCGUGUGCCUAGAUUUGCCCAAGGCGUCUGUAUACCAGUGUACCAAUGGACACCUGAUGUGUGCAGGCUGUUUUAUCCACCUUCUUGCUGAUUCUCGUCUAAAGGAGGAACAGGCUACGUGUCCCAACUGCAGGUGUGAGAUCAGCAAGAACCUGUGCUGCAGGAACCUGGCUGUUGAGAAGGCUGUCAGUGAGCUGCCGACAGAGUGUACCUUCUGCCUAAAACAGUUCCCCCGCUCCAGCUUAGAGAGGCACCAGAAAGAGGAGUGCCAAGACAGGGUGACACAGUGUAAGUACAAGAGGAUCGGCUGUCCCUGGCAGGGGCCGUUUCAUGAGCUGCCAGCACAUGAAAGUGAGUGCUCCCAUCCCACCAAGAGUGGCACAGAGUUGAUGGGAAUACUGGGAGAGAUGGACCAGAGCCACCGCAGAGACAUGCAGCUCUACAACAGCAUCUUCGGCUUACUGUGCUACGAGAAGAUCGGGUUUACAGAGGUCCAGUUCAGGCCAUACCGCACUGAUGACUUCAUCACUCGCCUGUACUAUGAAACCCCGCGCUUCACAGUCCUCAACCAGACGUGGGUGCUGAAGGCCCGCGUCAACGACUCUGAACGCAACCCCAACCUGUCCUGCAAGCGCACGCUCUCCUUUCAGCUCAUCCUUAAAAGCAAGGUGAACUCUGCGCUGGAGUGCUCCUUCCUGCUGCUUAAGGGGCCGUACGAUGACGUGCGGAUCAAGCCAGUCAUCCACCACCACUCCUUCAGCAACGACACCAAUGAGACCGAAUACGUGCUCCUGCCCAUCUCCGACUCGGUGGAGUGCAACAAACUGCUGGCCGCCAAAAACAUCAACCUGCGCCUGUUCAUCUUCCAAGUCCAAAAAUAAAGGGAGAGGAGGAGGAGGAGGAGUAGGAGGAGGAGGAGGAGGAGGAGGAGGAGGAGGAAGAAGGAGAGGGUAGUCGAGGGCAAGGGGAGAGGAAUGAUGAAGAUUAAAGAGAGACACCACUGAACCACUGAUACCUCUUAACACCUAUACACACAUAUACACACACACACACACACACACACACUCUUGCAUGCACAGAUGCACACAUUUACACAGGUUAUACAUACCUCCACAUACACACACACACAAAUAUUUAUAUAAAUACAUAUACACACCACUAAUUACACUUACCUCCUUUUACAAGAUAGUGAGACCCGUUUCACGGGGAGCUGUUAGUUGCUACGGCGAUGGGUGGGCCUUGGUAUGGGAUGGAAUGUUGGGUUUAAACCUGGAGAAGACACAUGUGGGGGGGGAUUCUGGGAUGGUUGGUGUGUACCUGUGGAGGCUUUCUGUCAGGUGUGUCUGACUUCACCUCUGACACCCACAGCCAAAGGUAGCACACACACACACACACACACACACACACACACACACACACACACACACACACACACACACACACACACACACACACACACACACACACACACACACACACACACACACACACGCGCACCAAACAAAGCUAGAUUUGCUUGGGUGCAUUUAUUCCGUGCAUAUUUGUGUAUGUUGUUUGUGUGUGCAUCUGUGUGUGUAUGUGUGAGUGUGUAAAAAACAGUGUAAAAGAGAGUUACGACACAGACCCUGGAGUGUGGCAAACUCUGCUUAUAUUGUAAUGUCCCAAAGACAUGAUAAUGUGAAAAUAGAGUGAUUGAGUCUGCUGAGCUGCUCUUUAGACAUGUGAAUGGAUGUUAUUGAAAUGUGUGUGUGAGAGAAUGUGUGUCCCCCCCCCCCCCUCUCCUUUACACACCCUAUGCGUACCUGUUGUCCACUGUUUCUCCGUUUUGGCAGAAGAGCUUAUUUUACAUCUCAAACUUUACCCAAACAGAAGUAAGACCACCCCCCCCAUUUUCCCUCCAACAAGAGGAGAGACGGCCCUGCUGCAUGAUUAUUUUAUUUUUCUUAUUCCUCCAGCUGUGUUUAUAUUAAACCUUUAACACUAAUCAUUUUAUUUCUCUUAACCCUGCAUAUUUAAAUACCUGUGAACUUUUAUUCUUUUAAGUUGGCUUUUCAGCCUGUGACUGGCUGCCUUUAUGAGUGUUGGUGUUUGAGUGUGCGUGUGUGUGAGACAGAUAACUGUGAGAUUCCUGUGAACAACUCUUUGUGAAAAGCAGUACAAUCCUUUAGGACAUGAGCAAGGCUGGAUAACCAGCACACCUUCAGGGGCCCCAAAAAGCUGAGGUUCACCGGUGUUGUUGAAUUGUCCUUUUUAGAUUUUUCUCAAGAUUUUUAGUAAAUUUGCACCCUUUUAUUACAAUAACAACAUUAUCUUGAUUUAACAUCUCUAUUAUAUAAGAUAUAUCGUUCACAUGUUUUUUUUUCUUAGUGUUUUUAUAUUUAACAAUUUUGAUUUAUUUAAAAUAGUGAUUACAGCUAGAUAGGCAUAUUAAAGCUAUAUCUGUAUCUUUAUCUAUUUGUUUCGAGGUAUUUUGGUCCAUACACAAAAACAAACAGGGAAUUGAAGCACAGAAAGUCCCAACUCAGUUUGAAGUCAUUAAGAAACUUGAACUAUUACAUUUCUUUUGCAAGAGAGCACUGACAUGAAGACAUGUAGCUGGGAAACGUUCCGCUCAGUUUGCAUGGUCACAAAUUCUUGUAAAAAUAAGAGAGUCUAAGGGAUCAGUUACAAUUUAGUUUUUCAUUUUCACAUUGAAAAAAGAAAGUCAUAUAUCAUUACAGUAAGGGCCUCAAAAAUCCCCCUUCUGCCUGACAAUAGCAGUUUAAUUUCACACAUUUCCAAUAUCACUGGAUGCAUCGUUUUUUUUUUGCCAUAAUUAGGGAAACACCUUUUGGUGAUCUUUUCCAAUAUAUUUUUUUGCAUCUGAUUGGAUUAUUUCCAAAGUGAGAUUUUUAUUUUGGAAAGUGGGGUUUCAUUACUUCACACAAAAUAACGGACACACAGAAAACCUGGUUCAGGUGGUACUCCCGUGUAAGAAUGGUUGAAUUUUGGCCUCUGUAUAAUAUAAAAUAAGUUUGAGUUGUGAACAAAACAAGGAGAGAAAAACAGAAGCAAAUGGGGGAGUAACCCAAACUUAUCUCACAGUCAUGAGGUGAUCUUGACUUCUCCUUUGCUCAGAGCUCUGUGUUCCUCCGCUUAAGACUUUGCUGAGGAGCAGACUGUAAGUGCUGUAGCUAUGGUGUGUGUGUGGGUGUGUGUGCGUGUGUGUGUGUGCGUGUGUGUGUGCGUGCGUGCGUGCGUGCGUGCAAAGGGUGGGAACAGGGGGUUUUAACCUUAUCACGGUGACAUAUUAGUGUUAGAUUUACUUGAACAAGAAGAUGUUACUUGCAUAGAUUCUACUGUAAAGCAGAUAGAUCUCUCUCCUCCUGACCUCUACUUCCUGUAUUUCUGUGUUAUGAUGCUUCGUCUCUAUGCCGGUGGACUCACUCAUCUCACUAUGGCUGUACAUGUGCCUUUUAUUAAAGAUCAUGGAACCUGC